AAUUUAUUGAUUUAAAAUAAAUAUAUUGUUUUGUUGCGAUAAAUAAAUAACAUUUUAUUAAUAAAUAUCCACUGCACGUAGAGUUAUGAAAGGAUUUUGACAAUGCUCGUAGCCAAGGUGAAUGCACUGUACUAGUGACGUAUAAAUGGAACGCGGAACCGUGGUGAAACAUUGCAUGAGAGACAAAUUACCGUUUACUUACUGCGAAACAGCUUCUCAGGAUGCUCUGUUUUUAUAGUGUACCUUUGACUAGUUUCUUCUAAUGAAAUUUCAAAAAAGGCUAUUUUUAAUGAAGAUCUUUUUUGAAAUCUGAUCAAGUACAUAUAUUCAUACUUUGAUAACAAAGUUACGUUGACUAUGUAAUUGGAAAAGUGUUGGAGUAUGAAAAUAUGAGAAGAAAAAAGAAAUGUUUGCAUGUAAAGUUUGAAAUCAAAAGAAAAAAUAAAAGGAAUUUAAGUAAACAGAAAGAAGAAAUAAAAGAGACAACAUUGUGAAGUCAAUGUCCGAAGAUUACGGCAAUGACAUUCACUUUUUCUCACUCUUCUCUCGGUAAUUUCGGGGACUUUUUUUGUUAUUAUUAAUGAUGAUAAUGAUACUAACAAUAUAAACAAUGGGAAAAAUCUUUAAUAGAGAUUUUUAAUAGAUGAAGACAAGGAAUUUUUAUUUCUUCUGCAAUUACUUGGAAAACUAGAGUCCGUACGAUGGAUGUUUUUAAAAUUGAUCAAUCAUUAACAGCGGGUUUAGGAACUACUCCGACGCCGGACACUCUCACACCGGAAGUGUCAUUUGAUGCCGGAAGCGAGUUUAAUCUCAGUUUCUUCGAUGGUCCUGAGGAUAACAGUGCUCAAGGCUUCAGUGAUCCUGGAUCUGUUGGGAGCACCAGUGCAUCAUCUCCACCUGGUACACCAGCUAAUAUUACUGUUAAUUUGACUAAUUCUGUAACUUUACCCAUAGUUCAAGUACCUUCAGGUAUCACAGUUGCACAAGAGCAGCAUUAUGUAGCAGCAGAUUCAAAUAGUUCAACUCCUGCCAAAAGUUUCGUACCCUGUAAGGUUUGCGGUGACAAAGCCAGUGGAUUUCAUUACGGUGUUACAAGUUGCGAGGGUUGUAAGGGUUUCUUCCGAAGGAGUAUUCAAAAGCAGAUCGAGUAUCGAUGUUUGCGAGAUGGAAAAUGUUUAGUGAUAAGAUUAAACAGAAAUCGCUGUCAGUACUGCAGAUUCAAAAAAUGUCUAGCAGUCGGAAUGUCACGGGAUUCGGUCCGAUAUGGUCGAGUACCGAAACGAUCUCGAGAACGCGGAUCCGACGACUCUAUUUCAACGACAACAAUUUCAAAUCAACAACUUAGUUCCAGCGUCAAUAAUAACAACAACAACAACAACAACAACAAUAGUUCGACAAACACAGUUAACAGUAGUGUGAACAAUAAUAAUAGUAAUAAUAAUACCAACAACAUCAACAGCAGCAGCAACAACAAUAUUACCAAUAAUAACAAUAGUAAUAAUAAUAAUAAUUUAAAUAAUAGUAGUAGUAACAAUAAUAACAAUAAUAGUAAUAAUAAUAAUAAUAAUAAUAAUAAUAAUAAUAAUAAUAAUAAUAGUACUAAUAUAAAUAAUAAUAACAAUAGUGCAAUAAACAAUCAUAACAACUGCAAUGGUAUUAAUAGUAAUCAAAAUGUGAUUGUACGGAUACCGGCGGCGACUGUGGUUGAAGCUGAUCAGUCGGACGCUGAUAAUAAGCAAUUGGCUGUUUACGAUGUUAUUCUUCAAGUUUCACAAGCUCAUCAUGCUCACUGUGUUUUUACUGAUGAAUCCACCAAGAGUCUCGUACGAAAACCAAUGGUUAUACCGCCAACAAGUCCGGAAGAUCCUGAAGCUGCAUCUUCUACUGCUGAGACCGUAGAAACUCAACGGAUUUGGUUAUGGCAACAAUUCGCGGCCCAGGUGACGCCUUCAGUUCAAAGGGUUGUGGAAUUCGCGAAACGAGUGCCAGGUUUUUGUGAGUUGACUCAAGACGAUCAGUUAAUACUCAUUAAAGUUGGCUUUUUCGAAGUAUGGCUGUGUCAUAUUUCGAAAAUGACUACUGAUACUUCAAUGACUUUUGAAGAUGGGACAUAUAUUACAAGGCAACAAAUUGAAUUGAUGUACGAGCCAGAUUUUGUGAUGUCGUUAUUGCAGUUCACUACAUCUUUAAAUUCUUACCAGCUAUCUGACGCUGAGUUGGGAUUAUUUUCCGGUGCUGUGUUAUUAAGUGAACGACAAGGUCUGAACGAUGUUAAAGCGGUGCAAAAGUUGCAAGAUCGCUUAUUAGAAGGAUUACGAAUUCAAAAUGAUAGAAAUCAUUCUCUUACAAAUGAUACUGUUCCUGGUAGUGGUUCUUUAUCAGGGGUUAGUAUAGCUCAAAGGAUACCGGAACUAAGAGCACUUGGUUCACGACACGCUAACUUACUUGAUUGGUUUCGAAGAAACUGGACAAAGCUCAAAUUACCACCGUUAUUUGCUGAAAUAUUUGACAUUCCCAAAUGUGAAGAAGAUCUACAGUGAACGAGUAUGAAUCUAUGUUAUUGUUAAUAUUGUAUUUUUUUUAUUUUAUCAUAAGUAUUUUAUUUUAUAUAGGAGAAAAUUUUAAUGCUAAAAUAA